GGGCGGAGCGGAGCGGGGUUUCAUCGUUUUUUUUGAGCCUCAUCACAAUCGCCGUUGUUUGAGGAAUUCCAACAAUACUUGCAAAAGCAUAAAAUAGACACUGGAACUAUAUUAUAUCGAUAUCAUAAGCACCGUGGACUCAACGUUUCCUGGUGGUUGAAAAUCAGUGCCGAUCGCAGAGAGUUUGAUUGACUGGUCGUCCAUCCAGUGAGCAUGGAGGCAGGAGAAGACCAGACCAACUCCAGCUCAGCCAAUAGCAGCGCAGCAUCAGGGGGAAACUCCCGCCCCCCUCAGAUAGCUCAAAUGUCUCUGUAUGAAAGGCAAGCCGUGCAGGCACUGCAAGCAUUACAGAGGCAGCCCAAUGCAGCUCAGUACUUCCAGCAACUGAUGCUGCAGCAGCAGAUCAACAGCGCUCAACUCCAUAACCUGGCUGCUGUGCAACAGGCAACUCUUGCAGCCAGUCGUCAGUCCAGCUCUCCCAGUAACAGUGUCUCUCAAACUACAAGUUCAGCGCAAUGCACAGUCAACUUAAGUACCACCUCUGGUGGAGGGAUCAUGACAAACCCCCGUCCAGUGGGACCUGCCACCUCUGCAACAUCAACAGCCCUUAGUCAGUCAGUUUUGUUGGGUGGAAACUCGGGGGGACAGGGUCAGAUGUACUUGAGAGUAAACCGCUCUCUCAGGGCACCUCUCACCCCUCAGCUCAUUUUCAUGCCUGGUGGUACGGCGACAGCUGCUGUUGCAACGGUUGCCCAACAGCAGCCCCAGCAACAGCAGCAACAGGAAACAGUUCCCACAUCCUCAAGUAACCAGACAGACAAUGAUCAGGUGCAGAACUUGGCUAUGCGUUGCGUUUCCACUCCAAGGGUGGCUACUGUUAAGACAGAGUUUGCAGACAGGAAAGAGACUAGUGGCUCAUUCCCGCUUAACCAGCAAACUCAGACUCAGCAGCAGUUUGGUCAGUCAGCCCAGCAGAUCCAACCACAGACUCAACCGCUUGCCAACACCAAACUGCAAAACUGCUCCAACGCCACCAAUCCCAGCAUGCCUGGCCUCAACGUGAAGGGCGCUAACCAAUCUGCUGUCACCCCACAGCAUGCAGGAGGUUCCUCCAAUCCUCCGUCCUCCUCGCCUUCCCCCUCGCUCCCUCUCUCCCAACUCCUCCUUUCUCAAUCUGGCUUGUGCCAAGCUCGAGGAGUACCAGCUGCUACAGCCACCGUUACCCACAUCCUGGUGCCCACCUCCAAUGUUCCUACCUCUUCUCAAGGCUAUCCGAUGGGCACUGUGGCAACCAAAUCUAACAUGACAGCCCAGACGUUAGUUGUGCAGCCACUCCAGCAGACGGGGGCAAAUCUGAGCACUGAAAAACUGGGUCAUGGAACGGGACAUGUGCCCAUUCAACCUAAAACUGCUCAGGGGCAUCGACUGCCAGUGCAGAUGUCCCCUCGCCACCCACCUCCCAUUCUCCCAGCACCACCCAACAAUGGCCAGGCCACAGGAGGCCAUCACCCUCCCCAUGUCCCAGUUCAGCUGGUUGGAGCAAGGCACGGCGCACUAGGAAACUCCCAGGCUUUAGCAGUGGCCCAGGCUCGGACCUGUUGCGCCCAGCAGGACACCACGGCUGUCGUGCCUGUCAAUAACUCUGGUAGCAAUGUUGUUACUAUGGUGACUGCCGUGGAAACAGGCAGAGCCGGCAUGUGCCUUAAAACAGCCCAAAGUGCCCUCCCAAUGUCUCAGAUGCAAACCAAUCAGAGCCCAGCGUUGAGUCAGGGUAAUCCCGCUUUGGUCACACACUCGAUGGAUGGACAGAAUAACUCUGGAGAUUCUGUUUUCAUUCAGUCUGAACCAGCUCAGACGAAGCCUGGGAUCGCUUCGUUAAAAAGAAAAUCUGAAUCAGAUUUACCCCAUGAGAUGUCAGCCGAGGCCGUCAAUGCAAGUCCGUCAAUGCAAGACUCUGCUCCUCCUCUCUCACCAGCUCCCUCACUAGAUACAGUCCCAGAGAUGGCGUUCUCCUCUCCUCCUACUCUCUCUCUUUCUCUCCCUCUCCCUCUCCCUCGUGGAGGAGGGCAAGGUGAUCGAGCACCUGUCCCACAGGCUGUGGUCAAACCUCAGGUUCUCACUCACCUCAUUGAAGGCUUUGUUAUCCAGGAGGGAGCCGAACCUUUCCCUGUGACUGGGCCAUUGAAAGAACUUCCUGUGGCUGUUCCACCCAUCCUACAUCCAGAGAACAUCCGCUCUGAUAAGUUAAAGUGUGAAUACUGUCUAAGAUUUGCACCGGCCAGCCAGUUCAGACGAUCCAAGCGCUUCUGUUCCAAAAGCUGUGCCAAGAGGUACAAUGUCAGCUGCAGUAAUCACUUCCGUGUUAGUAGGGGUCUUGAGGGUGUAGAACGGCCACCAGGGGCCCCUGCUGUGCAGGAUGUUAUUGCUAGACGCAGAGGCCCUCGCAGAAGCAGCUCUGAGAUCGCCUGUGCUAAAAUAACAGGCAGGCAUCUUCCUGUAAAGUGUCGUUCAGAAUCUAGUCGUUCUGAGGACAUCUCCAGCUGUGAGGGUGAGGAAGAGGAAGACUUCCUGUCACUCUCUCCCAGCUCAUCCUUCUCAUGCCCAAGACCAACCCACUAUGGCCCUCAGUUGGAUGACACAGCACCAUGUGGCCUCCCAGUGGAUGAGAACCACUUCCUAUCUGGCAACCCUGCUCACUGGAGUGUGGAGGAAGUGUGUCAGUUCAUUUCUUCUCUUCAAGGUUGUGAGGACCUGGCAUCCCAGUUCCUGUCACAGGAGAUCGAUGGGCAGGCACUGAUGCUACUUAAGGAAGAGCAUCUUAUGUCCACCAUGAACAUCAAACUCGGUCCUGCCCUCAAAAUCUGUGCUUCUAUCAACAGCCUGAAGGAUUGAAUGAGGGAUGGAGAGAGAGAGAUGCAGCAGGACUAGAGCUUUAUACUUCUGUCACCAGCCUGAGAAACUGAAACUGAUGGGCAUGAAAAGAUUUUAUGGCUGACCUAGAGAUGAAUCAAAAAAAAAAAAAGAAGGAAAAACGGGACUGAAUAACAUCUGAAGGGGAAAACAAGUGAUGCCUUAUUAAAAGCAAACUAUUUACUGU